AUGACCAGCCAUGCACAUUGUGCCUUCCGCCAUCCCUUCCCUCCUUCAUCUUCAGUGCCGCAAAGAACGGCUCCACUUUCUGGACCUUUGAGAACGGAAGAACGCUGGUAUUGGUUGGAUGAAUCUAAUCAGUGGAAUGAAUAUGGGGAAGCGUCUCUGUACCACUAUGCUGCCACCAUAACGUCUGCGGAGGUGGAGAAGGCAUUUCAGGAUGACCCGAAAGGCACUCUCCAUUUUCAAGCAGGUCGUCAGCGGUAUGAGAUAAACUUCAAAGAUAUGGUGCAGAGAAAUCUACGUACGCAGAAAACGAGAAAAAUCUGCCGGUGGCCAACUGGUGCCUGUGGUGUGGAUGGGAACCAGCAAGGGGAGAGCACAGGACAAUGCUGGUAUUGGCUGAAUGACUCAAACGAGUGGGUGGAGUACGGGGACAAGUCUCUGAACCACUUUGCUGCCACCGUAACGUCUGCGGAGGUGGAGAAGGCAUUUCAGGAUGACCCGAACGGCACUCUCCGUUUUCGAGCAGGUCUUCAGCGGUAUGAGAUAAACUUCAAAGACAUGGUCCAGAGAAAUUUGCACACGCAGAAGGCAAGACAAAUCUGCCGGUGGCCAAACAAUGCCUUUGGUGAAGAGGAGAUCCAGCAGCAGGAAAGGCAAAAGGAGCAGAUGAAAAAGAGAAGACCAGAGCAAGAGGUAGAUGAGCGGUUGCUGUUCCAUGGCACGAACCAGUCCCACCUGGCUGCCAUCUGCGAGCAGAAUUUCGACUGGCGGGUCUGCGGGGCUCACGGGACAUUUUAUGGAAAAGGAAGCUACUUUGCCAGAGACGCCAGUUAUGCUGAUCGGUUCUGCCCAUCCAGCAGUGGUCACCAGAGCAUGUUUGUAGCUCAUGUUCUUGUUGGAGACUUUGUUCGGGGAAACUCAGGAUACGUUCGCCCUCCACCUAGACCUGAGAAUCCAAACAGGCUCUAUGACAGCUGUGUAGAUGACCCAAACAAUCCUUCCAUCUUUGUCAUCUUUGAGAAGCUUCAGGUUUAUCCUGCCUACAUUCUGGAGUAUACACGUUCAGCCAAAUAA